AUGGCAUACUUUGAACCCUUAUUCAAAAACUAGAAAGAAGAUAAUUUCAUAAUCAUUUUGACUAAUCAAGGCUCUAAUCCAUACCUGAUAAACGAUCACUAUAUGCAGACAAUUCAUGACAUAAUAAAGCAAUCUACAGGAAUGAAAUAGCAUAGCUCAAAUGAACAGAUCGCAAAGAACUUUUAGAAAUGUCAAAAUGAAAUAGAGUUGAGCUUCUAAGAUCUAAUGAGUGGACUCGAUUAAUCAGUCAGAGUUAAGAAUAAUUGGAGUUAUCCUAGAAUCAACAAGAAGUAGUCUGACUUCUAUGAGUUAAAGUUCAAUGACAUUCAGAAUAGGUAUGUAGCUGUGAUUGAAUAAUUGUCUCAGAUUAGUUAUCAGCAAUUAGAAAUCAAGCCAUAGACUUAGAUGUAGGAUAUCAAAAUUGAUAGAAUAGAAGUCAAAGAGAAAAAGCAAGACCAAGAAGUAGUAAAAGCCAAUUCAAAUCAGAUUCUGUAAUAACAGUAAUAGCUUCAUUAAAAUACAUCCAGCGCUUAGCAGCUAAGAGGAGUGAAACUCACUGGAGUUGUUCUCGAAAGAAUCGAAAUGACUAUGGAAAGCUAGCAGAUAUCUCAGGCUGACCUGCUGGGUUAAAUCACUUUGAUGACUGAAUUUCCUUCGCAGCUGAAACCUUUUAAUGUCCCUGCUCAGUUGAUAAUUGAAGAUGAUAGAUGGCAUGACCGAUCUAAAUUUCAAAUUAUGAAGAAUCCUAACCAAAUGAUCGAGUAUUCUUAGUAGCCUUCGCAGCAGACCCAACAUUUGUACAUAACCGAGUUGAAAGAUCAUCCAUAGACAGUAAUGCUCCAAUAUAAAAUGAACCCCUAACUUUUCAAGGAACUGCCUAUGAUUGUAAUGUGGACUCAAGAAAAAGGACUGCUGCACAUCAAAUAUAUGAUAAAUAAGAAGUAUAAGAGUGUGUCCUAUUUGGCAUUUAAUAUAGGAGAUAACUCAGAGUAGAAUCAACAAGAAAUACUAGUUACAGAUGAGGAAAUGAAAAAGCUAAGAUCGUAGCAACAAUUUAUUAAAGUUGAUAAGGAUUUCAAAAUCCUAAGACUUUGGUUAGCGAAUCUUAAAUAGCUUUAAGGCACAAUUGAAUUCCACUGCUAAACCAUAAUACACACACUCUCAGUUGAAGUCAUGGUUAAGGACCAGCUAGUCUCUGACUUAUCAACAGUCAAAGCUUAGGUAGAUACUUUUAAUUCUAAAUCCACAGGCGGUAAAAUUCAGAAUGGAGGAGGUGCUGCCUUAGAGAGGAGCAGUGACUUGCAACUCACAGUACUUAAACGCAUCGACCCCACUAUUACUAAAUUUCUCUUUGUCUCCACCUUCUGCUCCAUUUAUGAAAAUGAUGAGGCCACCUCCUAAUGGCAUUCGUUGAACUAUGAGGGCAGCUUAUAUAUUGCUGAAGCUAUGAGUCCACAAGGAGAUAGGAAAUAUAUGAUGAUCCUGUUGAAUCGCAAGAAGAAAGACGAUUUUAUUGAGGCAUUUGACGAUUUAACUGAGUUUAAGCAAAACUAGUCAUAUAUACAAUACAGGAAUAAAGCAGACUUCAAGGAUUCUCCAGAGUCUAUGCCAGGCCCGUGUAGAGUGAUUUACUUUUCUUAGAUGGAGGAAAAAGAUCAGUUUUUGAAAAUAGCUGAAUAGGUAUAAAAAGUUCUAAAGGAGCUGAGGGAGAUCAAGGUCAAAUAGAGCCAAGAGAAGUUCUUCACAAGAGAACAGGUCAAAGAGACUUUGGUGAGCAUAGUGCAGGGAGAUAAGUUUGUAGAUUAUUUCUACUAAAUGCUGUUGAAAAAGUAUAUCUAGAAUUUGAAGGAAGAAAGUGAGCUUGCACAGCCCCUAAAAACAAGACUCAACAAAUUUUUCAAUAAAGAAGCAGCUAAUAUAUCCUUCUAGGAGAUUCUUAAAUAAUGUCAGUUUGAGGAUUAGAACCCUAAGCUUGUCCUUCAGGGCGAUUACACUUACCCAAUUCGUCCAAGGCAGCCUCCAGAAAUGAUCAAUUUUGCAAUGGAUAAGAUGAAUAAAGAACAGAAAUUUGAAAAAAUAAGUCAGCUAGAGAGAGGUCGGCUAAUGAUGAGGUUCUUAGCAAUGAGGAAGCAUCCUUUAAAGAAUCAAUACUUUAACAGAAAACUAGUUAAUAAUCCACAACCUGAAAGUAUCAGUCGACCCUCUCAGCAAUAAUAAUCUUUUCAAACUCUUAAACACGAUCUCUCUUUAAAUAAUGUUGUGGACUAGAGUGUGCAUUCGACUACAACUGGAAGCCUAUUCAAGAUUGUACCCAUUAAAUAAGUAAAAACUCAGAGGAGAUAAUAUAGAAAUACUUAGUCACUCAACAUGAGUACACCUUCGAGAGACAUUAUGAAAAGUCUGGUAGACUCACUAGAUUCUGCCAGAAACUCACUUGACUAUCAGAGCAUCAGUCCCAGAUAGCUGAAUGAAAGCUCCUCUAAAGGCUAAUUUAUCCUACCACUAAUCCCUAAAAAUCUAGAAAGGAACAAGAAGAUAAGAGCCAAUUUGGAGUCAGUAAUAAAAAAGAGCACUGAUCACAUGAAUGAAGUCAAUUCAAAUAGCAGCAUCAAAAUUAAUACACUCACUUUUAGGUCAUUUAAUGAUGAAUCCUAUAAAAACUAUCUAAAUUAAUCUAAGUCUUCUAACCAGAAUAGCCAGAAUAAUGUUUCUGUGAUUACUAAUGGGAUGCUAAGUUCGCCCAAGACUUCCCACUUUUAGUCUCUGACUGCUAGACAUAGAAGAAGGAGAUAAUAAGAUAUAAUUGAUAAGGCUGAUGACUAGUUUAAGGAGCUGGUUGAAACUAUCAAAAUUUGUGAUACACUUAUUGACAGGAAUAGAGAACAGAGAAUGAGUAUGGGCUAAUACGGAGUUAGAAUGAAGAAGAUUGUGAAGAGAAAGAAAACAAGGAAAAAUAGCUUUAUUCUAAUAAACAGUGUGGAUCACAUUCUAUGA